AUGAAAGGGUGCGCGACAUAUGUUAGCUGGAGGAAUUUGUCCAAUCCUCGACAUAGGGAUCAAUUUUUGGCAGCAGCCGAAUUGAUUAGCCGUAACUCAGGGGGUGCUGUAACUGUCAAACCAGACAACGCAUCUCGAAAACCAACAGAGGCAAUGAAAAUGGGAGGAUUAGCCAUCAUGCAGCCGAGGGUGCAACUCCAGAGAGUGGGCACUCCUGAAGGACUUCAACUCCAAAAACGGGGUGAGUCCUCGGGCCUAACACCCGGGGACCGGAACUCACCCGAUACGCAGAACAGUGCGGGGGUGAGUAGAAAUCUGCAGAUAUUCUAUACGAAUGCCUGCAGUCUUGGGAAUAAAUGGGACGAGCUCAUCUGCAGAACAUUUGGACACGAGAUUAUUGUCGUCUCAGAAACUUGGAUGAGCUCAGACCUCCGACUCCCUGAUAAACUUGUAGAUGGGUUCACCAUUUACAGAUCGGAGCGAGCAGUUACCGAAAGGGGAGGUGGGGUAUUGAUACUUGUUAGAACACAAUAUUCACAGAAAGAGGGAAUAAAACUUUCAUCUCACAAGGUGCAAUGCGUGAGCUGCACGGUUGAUACCGGCCCUCACCAAACGGAGAUUGUCGCAGUUUAUCGAGCACCGGACGCUGAUAAGACCGAAGAUAACGGGCUGUUGGCGGCUCUCAGAGAAAUCGUGAAGGUUCCCAGGAGUAUCGUUAUCAUUGGGGACUUCAAUGCUCCGAGUAUACACUGGGAGGAAGAAUACGCCCCGGCGAGGACUUUCGGAUCCAUGUUACUAGAAUUCAUGCACGAGGCGUCCUUGAUACAGCAUGUAGAAGGGUACACUAGGUUGAGGGAAGGAUGUAGAGCAUCACUACUUGACUUAGUUUUCACCAGGUACUCAAGUGAUAUUAAACAGUUAACUACUGGAUGUCCUAUUGGCAAGAGUGACCAUCUAACCAUUAGUAUGAGCUUAGCACUCCAACGUGGUAAGCCGACAAUGAAAUAUCGGAGGUGUUUCACGUCAAUGAAUGUAGAUUCGCUUCUCGAUAGGGCAUGCUCACUCACAUGGAUUCCUGACCACUCCGAGCUGAGCAUUGAAGGGAUUUGGGCGAAGAUAAAGUGCAAUCUCUCAGCCCUCACGAAUGAGUUUGCACCAUUGAGGGCAAUACGAAAAAAGGGUCAGCCACCAUGGUGGAGGAGCAAGCUAAGGAGAGCAUGGAGAAGAAAACAUCAAGCGUGGGCGAAACUCAAAGCAGGAGGUGGACAUAUUCGGAUGCUACAGUACAAACGGGCGAGCCGUCAGAUGGACCGUCUACACGGAGGUCAAAAACCGAGUGAAAGUGACUUAGAGACAUAUGAUGUGCCGUUCAUGAACAAUAUAGAGGUGACUGUAGUUGAGGUAGGAGAACUGCUUGGAGCACUAGACACGUCCAAGUCCCCUGGGCCCGAUGGAAUUCAUCCAGCAAUCGUGAAACCCAUCGCUAGUGUGUUAGCUGCACCGCUGCAGACACUAUACCAAAAGUCGCUUAAUGACGGAAUUUUACCUCGGGAUUGGAUGGGAGCAAAGGUGACUCCUAUAUACAAAGGUGGUUGUAAAGAACAGGCGGUGAAUUAUCGGCCUGUUAGCCUUACCUCUAUCCUACUGAAGACCCUGGAAAGGAUAAUUCGUAACCAUGUUGUAGCGCAUGUGACGGAGAACAAGAUGAUAACUAUUCGACAGCAUGGGUUCGUUAAAAGAAGGUCUUGCCAAACUAAUCUCAUAUGUUUCCUAGAGGAAGUAACGAGUAGAUUGGACAGAGGAGAAGAGGUUGAGGUGUGCUAUCUCGACUUCAGGAAAGCCUUCGACUCUGUCAAUCAACGAUUGCUUUUGUUGAAACUCCGGAACUUCCGAUUAUCGGAGCAGGUUCUAAAUUGGAUUGCGGCCUUCCUACAUGGCAGAACUUUCCACGUAGAAGUCGAAGGAUCAAUAUCUAGAGAGGCGGGAGUGUGCAGUGGGGUACCGCAGGGAUCCGUAUUAGGGCCUCUGCUGUUCGUGCUCUUCGUGAAUGAUCUCGCCAGACAGCUUUACAACCCCUGCUUCAUGUUCGCGGAUGAUCUGAAGCUUGUUGGAGACCCUCGAAGUCGCGUUACCCAGGAGGACCUCAACAAAAUUAGGAAUUGGACGAACAUUUGGGGUUUACCUCUAAAUGCUUCUAAGUGUAAACAACUAACUAAAUGGGAGCAUCAGGGGCCAACCAGGACCAUACACGACGGACAGAGCGAUAUAGCUGUGGAGAGGGUAGAUUGCAUGAGGGAUCUGGGAGUACAAGUCACCAGUGACUUCAAGCCUCGUACGCAUUGCCUGCAUGCUGCGCGUAAAGCAAACGGUGCUUUGCAUCAGCUAAAAAGAGCCAUGCAGAGUAGACAACCUUGGGUGUUGGUUCCUCUAUAUAAGGCCUUUGUAAGACCGCACUUGGAGUAUUGUGUACAGGCUUGGGCGCCACAUCUCAAGCAGGAUAAGGCGAUCUUAGAAGCACCACAGAGACGGUUCACCAGGUGGUUCAGUUCGCUACGUUCUCUGUCUUAUCAGAGCAGGUUGGAAGAAUUGGGCCUUUUUUCUAUGGAGAGACGUAGAAGAAGAGGAGAUCUCAUUGAAGUGUUUAAGAUACUCAACGGAUUCUCCGAUGUCAGAGGGCACCACCUUCUGCCGUUAGUAGGAGGUGAUCGACUCCGAGGACACAACAUGAAAAUUGUUAAAAGGAGGUACCGACUGGAUGUGAGGGGACAGUUCUUCACCCAAAGAGUAGUAAAUGACUGGAACGUAUUGACGGAGUACAUUAUUGAGGCCCAUAAUGUAACGGAGUUUAAGCACCGUCUAGAUGAGCACUGGGAGUGUUAUUUCCGGACUGUUUUGACCCAAACAUUGGGUGACCACUCAGCAAUUCUGCAGAUAGAGGACCAGACAGACCGCAAUUACAAAUUGGGGAGCUCGGGGAGAUCUAAGGAGCUGACGUGUCGGGCAAAGAAAACUGGGCACACCUUUGCUAUGCUGUCUCGCCCUGACAGCGAUGAAUACACAGGAACGAGGCCAGUGGCCCGAAUAUCCAGGAUCCUUGAAGUAUCCGAGAGAUAUCAGUCCAGUUGGAAAACCAAAAUAAUUCCAAAAGGGCGUCAAAUAGAGCUGAAAGGGAGAGAGAAAGGCUCGACGUCUGGCGACGUGAGCGAUUAG